AUGGACGUCUUGUGGGAUCGUUUACAGGCUUUUAACCCUCAUAAGGACUGGACGAUAAUGAGUGAAGAUGCCGGAAUGUUGUGGCAGCCGCUUAUGGCGAAUAAAAACAGUGAGGAGAACAGUGAAGACGAAGAGCUCGGUCUUUUACCACCACAAGAAAUCAUGCGGACGCAGUUUGACGAGAGUGUUACAACACGACGAAAGCGACGUCGGCGUAAGGAAGAUGAGGACUUGGGCGAGGUGACAAGUGUAUUUUCAUUGGAUAAAAAGCCGCUCAAGGUGUUGCAGUCUAUGGGCAAGUGGAUAAUGUCGCUCUCGACUGUGGGAACUCUUGUCAGCAGUCCCACUAGCUCAUUUUCGACUUCACUGUCUACACAAAUGCUCUCUGAACGAGACAAUAUUGAGAACAUGGAUGAAGUGUCGCAUCGUGCACUGACAUUGUUGGCCAUGGUUACACUGGGCUUCUGUUGUCUGCUACUGCUUAUGGUGUACGUCCAGACAGUGUGA